AUGACAACUUCAACAGAUACUGAUAGUCAAUAUUCAUCUGUGGUCGGAAAAGAAAUUGAUGAUCAUGAUGAACAACCAACACUUUUAGAUGUUUUAUUAUGUUGUUGUAUGCCAUCACUAAGACCUUCACGUUUAAUUUAUUCAAUUUUAUAUCCAACAUUGAAUACAAUUUUAAAUCAAUUUGGAAAUUUUAAACUUGAAAAGAUUAUUAGAAAUAUAGUAACUCAUCCAAUCACUAAAUUUAUAACUAUUCAUUAUGUUAAAAUAAUUAGUGUAUUAACUUAUUUAAGCAUAUCAUUAAUACUUUCAGGAUUAGGAGCAUUCUUCUUUUCAUUAAUGUUAUUAACUUAUUAUAGACCACCAACACAAUUUGAUCAUCCAAUCUUUUUUAUUAGAAAUGGAACAACAUUAAGUGCUAAUGUGACACUUUUAUCACAUGAUACCUCUAAAUCACUUGUUCAAAAUGGAUUGUAUAUUGAUACUUUUAAAGUUAAAUUUAAUUUACCUGAAUCAAAUGUAAAUAGAGAUAUUGGAAUGUUUUCAAUUCAUGCAGAAUUUUAUGAUAGAUAUAAUUCAAAACUUUAUUCAACAUCUAGAAGUGUAUGUGUUAAAUCUUUAAAUCAUUCUCAAGGUUUUUCUCAGAGUAUUCUCAAAUAUAAAUCAGUAAUGAGUGAAUUAGUUAAUACUGUAUUUUCAUUACCAUAUGCUUUAUUAGGAAAAGCUGAUGAAACUGAAACUCAAUCUGUUGAUAUGUUAACUGAAACACAAUUAUUAGAAUUUAAUUCAAGAGUUGUACAAAGAGCUUCACAUGUUUAUGUUUGGUUAUCUCAUGAUAAUUUACAAAUUUAUAGCAGUAGUAUUCAAUUAUUUGCAAGGGUUACUGGAGUUUGGCAUUAUUUGUAUCAAUAUCCAAUCACUUGCUUUUUAAUUCUAUUCCCAAUGGCUUUUCUUUCAAAUAUGAGUGGUUAUUUAUUUGUUGGUGCCUUUUUAUUUUACAAAUUUAUUUACAGUAGUGGAAAAUCAAAUAGCAUUACUACUAGUACAAUUACAAAACAAUCUAUUAAGCAACAAGCAACUUCUAAUGAAAGUUCAACUACUUCAAGAAAGAAAAAGAUUACAACAACAACUGUUAGAAGAAAGAAGAUUAUUCAUACCUCAUCAUCUGAUUCUAUCAGUGAUGAUAAUGAUAGUAUUGAUGAGGACAUUAAUGAAAAUAUUGAGAAUGAUGAACAACAACCAAGUAGAAUUGAUUCACCUUCUCAAAGCUCUACAACAAGUACAACAAAAAGACAAGCUGCCUCAAACAAAUUGAAAAAGAGAUUAAAGAAGAGAAUUGAAUUACAAGAUGAAUAA